AUGCGAAAAGAUAUUGAUAGGAAUUCUUUUGGUCUCGUUACUAAAGUCGAUGGACCAUCAGGCAACUCAUUUAUAUUCAUUGCUGACACAGAAAAUCACCGCAUAUUACAAUACUAUCUUAACAAACGAUUCCAGUUGAAGACUAUUGCUAGAAUCAGUAAACAAGCAGGAAGUCGUUCAAAUCAAUUGGACAAACCGAAGAAAGUUCGUUUAGAUACUCAUGGAAAUUUAUUUGUUUUAGAUUCAAAUAAUCGUCGAGUUCAAAAGUUCUCCAUAAUUAAUAGUUCAACAUACGUGCAUCCUUCGCGACCGAAUUCUCCAGAUACAUUAAGAAAUCGUAUUCAUCUGCUUUAUUUGAAGAGCCUCCAUUCAUCAUCUAAUUCAAAAGUAUGUGGUGGCAUCGAUAAACCUAAUGAGCGUGGAAGAGUUGUAAGUGAUACUAUUUAUCCGCAACCUAUAUUUGAGGAAGCUCAGCGACCCGCUCGAUACAAUAUCCACAGACAUUCACAUAUGACUUUUGUGCAUUCAGUUCCACAACGUAUUUCGGGUUAUGAUCCAAGAGUGGCACGUACUCGAUUUAGAAGUAAGUUUAAGAUUGGACCAAAAGGUUGA